GAAAAAAAAAGAUGUCCCACCCCACAUCCCUCUACCGCCACCUCCUCCGCGAGCUCCCCACCUCCACGGCCUUAACCCGCACCUCGCACCAAAAGCUCUCCGCACCCUCUCACCUGCAAACGCGCAUCCGCCAGCUCCUCUCGACGCCGCACGCGAAUAAAACGGGCCAGAUUCAGCAGGCGGAGCAGUUUGUCCAGUAUGUGCAGGCGCAGCGCAUGUAUGCGACGCUGAUUGAGCGGUAUAAUCCCGGUAUGGGGAUGAGUGAGGAGGAGCGGGUUAGGCUGAGUGCGAGGAGGGUGGGGAUGAAUCUUCCGGUUGAGUUUGUGGGGGAGGGGGGGAAGGAGUAG